AUGGCACUUUUUCAACGGAACCAGUUUGGUUUCAAACGAACAGGGUCAUCCAUUACAGUUCCAAACAACGAUGUGGCUCACCUUAUGUAUUAUUUUAAUGCUGUAUGCUACUGUAUUGACUAUAAUGAUAGUGAUGUUAGUCGUUAUCGAAAUUUUCAAAAUUGGGCAUCUUUAUCUUAUAAUGAGAUACGUGUUUUACUUGCUUUAUGUUUAACCAUCAGUCCUAAUGUACUUAACAAUAAAGUAUUCUUUAAUUCUGACUCUUUAUGUGGAAAUAAUGCAAAUGAAUUCUUCGAGGUCAGUCAGAUUAGUCAUCAAUUAAUGGCUGUACAAUCAAUUGUUAUUGCCGGUCGGACAUGUCGAGUCACCAGAAUUAUGACAUAUAAAAUGUCUUGGAUGCAUGAGCAUUAUAUCAAUCCAAUUCAACGACUUGCACGACAAUAUAAUACAAAUACAGCACAGUCAUCAUCAUGUGUUAUCUCAUAA